GUACCUAUUUUGUGAUCUUCACGGAUGAAGCGUCACCUGUCACCCAAGCAUUUUUCGGGACAAUGAAUGCCAAAAGGAGCAAGACGCAUUCCCCAGGGAAUAUCUUUACCUCGAUGCAGAUGCCCGACCCAGCAAACGUUGAUUCCAGGCCGGCAACGGCGGCACAUCAUGCCACCAUCCGUUGGGAAGAUACCUGCCGUGGCCCGCGUCAGCAGACAUUACAGGGACCAAGCCUUGUAACUUGCAAGCGCUGCC